AUGGCCAACAAGUGCGAUCAAUGCGGCAAGUUCCUGUCGCCUACAGAUGGCGCAAAAUGCAAUAAGUGCAAUGCAGUAUUCCAUCGGUCGUGCGUCAACAUCAGCCCUGACUCCCGCCUCCCCGCACGCUGGACAUGCCGAGGUUGCCGCGGACAGGAAUAUAAGAAUAAGUCCCCGGUAAAUACUGAAUCAACCUCUGUGGAUAUAUUUAUAGACGCUAACUCUACAGAAAAUGAGAAGACAUCGGAAUUAUCCUAA